AUGUCGCAAAAUAGGCCCGGUGGAGUUUUCUCUGGCUUGCGCAUGGGUGAGGUGGUGCGCGAGAAGGUGCAGGAUGGCCUCACCGGAGAGACAAGAGAGAUGCAAUACACUCAGUGCAAGAUUGUCGGCAAUGGCUCCUUCGGCGUAGUUUUCCAAACAAAGCUGUCGCCUAGCGGAGAGGAUGCUGCAAUCAAGCGUGUUCUUCAGGACAAGCGGUUCAAGAAUCGUGAGUUGCAGAUCAUGCGCAUAGUCCGGCACCCCAAUAUCGUAGAGUUGAAAGCUUUCUAUUACUCCAAUGGCGAGCGGAAGGAUGAAGUCUACCUCAACCUCGUGCUCGAGUACGUCCCGGAGACCGUUUAUAGGGCCUCUCGAUACUUCAACAAGAUGAAGACUACCAUGCCUAUCCUCGAAGUCAAGCUCUACAUCUACCAACUGUUCCGGUCGCUGGCCUACAUUCACUCGCAGGGGAUCUGUCAUCGAGAUAUCAAGCCACAGAACCUGUUGCUCGAUCCAGCGACCGGAGUUCUUAAGCUGUGCGACUUUGGAAGUGCAAAGAUUCUGGUUGAGAAUGAGCCAAAUGUCUCGUACAUCUGCUCACGAUACUACCGUGCCCCGGAAUUGAUCUUUGGUGCUACAAAUUACACCACCAAGAUUGAUGUCUGGUCAACUGGCUGUGUCAUGGCCGAGUUGAUGUUGGGUCAGCCUCUCUUCCCUGGUGAGUCGGGCAUUGAUCAGCUUGUGGAGAUCAUCAAAGUGCUCGGUACACCGACCAGAGACCAAAUCCGAACGAUGAAUCCGAACUACAUGGAGCACAAAUUCCCGCAGAUCAAACCCCAUCCGUUCAACAAGGUGUUCAGAAAAGCAUCCCCCGACGCGAUUGAGCUGAUUUCAGCCCUACUGGAAUACACUCCAACUCAGCGACUGUCUGCAAUUGACGCAAUGUGCCAGCCGUUCUUCGAUGAGUUGAGAGAUCCCAACACUCGCUUUCCUGACUCGCGCCAUGCUGGUGGUGCUUCUCGUGAGCUCCCAGCCCUCUUCGACUUCUCUAGACAUGUAGAGCUUUCGAUUGCGACUCACCUCAACAACAAGCUUGUUCCGCCACACGCACGACCGCUUCUCGCUGCGCGAGGACUUGACUUGGACAAUUUCACACCCCUUACGAAGGACGAGAUGAUGGCAAGACUUGAUUGA